AUGAAUGGAAGAAAUAUGCCUUUAGGACAUCAUUAUGAAUAUUCUCCUCAAGUGUAGUAGAGGAGUCUCGCAACAUUGAAAAUAAUAGCUCCAUUAUGCAUUGUAUUGGCAUUGAGUAGCAUCGUAAUUGGAUUCGUCUGGUACUCAUUUAAUGGACUGACUGAAUAUUUGUUAGUAGGGAUCAACAAUAUAGCAAUUCUAUUCACUUGUAUAUUUUCUCUUUACUGGAGUUUUACAUCCAAAGUGGUUGUCAAUGAAGGAAUCGAUAUACCCGAAGGACACCCCAGUUCCACAUUACCCUACCUUCAUUCCCUCUUUACUUAAUUGGUUUGCGCAAUCGAAGGUGGGUUAGUCUUGAGUUUGAUUGAAUAUGAUUCCUACAACCAGUUUUUAUUAGUUUUGCCACUCCAGAUCCUUGAGAUAUUUCUCCUAUUGUACAUGGCAAACGUGAGUCGGUAAUUCAACAUCAGAGAAUACGGUAUUCAAAGAUUGAUCGUCUAUGGAACAUCUACUGUAAACUUAAUAUUUUUGAUAUUUGCUGCAUUCAGUCUUAAAUAAGUACCCCUAUUAAGUCUAUAUUAGGUCAUAUUAUAAAUAAACUCACAAUUAUACUAAAUCUCAGCUACUAACAUAGAGGUAACUCUAGUCAAAGUAGUAUUGUUUGUGCUAUUUAUCACAACAUUAGUAGUUUCAAUGUUCAAUUUGAAGAGAAUCAAAAUUUACUUCGUAACCCUCGCUUUUCUGAUCCUGUGCAUUUGCAUAUUAGCAUGCUGCUGCAAUGGCUUACUAGUCAGAAGAGUAUAAGAAUUGGAAGUUGAACUUUCAACCAACAAAGGUUGUAAGUUUGCAAUGUAAUCCAUUUCGGAGAAGAGUUUGAAUGAUUAGUUGGAAUGUUCAUAAAAAUAUUUUGAUUUGGAAUUAUCCCCUUAUCUUCCAUGUGAAUAGGACCUCUAAACUUACCAGUGGGAAACCAAUUCAAAAAAUACUAAACUGGGGUGCAUCAAUUCAAAAUGUUGUAAUAAUGUUAAGCAAUAUGUGUUCAACCAAAUCAAUAGUCUUACAAUAUGGAUUAAUCUUAUAGUAAUGGUUGGAAUUGUGCAAGCUUUUAAUACUGCAAUGUUAUCGGAAGGAUCCUAUAAGAAAUUCAGAAUGCACAUAGUUGGAGAUGCUAUGGUUUUCAUCAUUCUUGUUCUCUUAGCUAUUUUAGUGGUUGUAGCAUAUAAUAUAACUCCGGAGUUAUCUGUAAAUGUACAGCAUUCGCUUGUCAAAUAAGAAUCCAUGUUGAAUCAGAUCACUGUUCUGCCAUAACCAGUUUACAAAAACUUUGAUAAAUAAGAAAGAUUAGUUGGAUUCUACAAUCUGUAAAGUUGUGAGCCUAUCUCUUCUAUUAUGAUUCAAAAGAUUUCAUUUAAAUCUACUGAAAAUUAACAGGGAAUUACUCUAGCCAUUUCUGGGACAAAUGGAUAAUUUGUUGCCUUAAAAGAGUAUAAUACUGAAAAACUAAAAAUAAUAAUUGAUGAUGAAAUAAACAAAUCUAUAUUCUCAACAUAAUCUCAACCAUUUGAUGGGAUUAUAAUUUAAGGAGAAAUAGAUGAAGUUGAGAAGUUCUACAAUAAUAAUUUACAUUAUUGUUCAGAUAAUCCACUAAGUGCAGAUUUUGAUUUCAUGAUUGAUCAUUAUGAUAUUCCUUAACACCAUAAUAGAGUUUUGGAAGCAUUAACCAAAGAACAAUAGCAAAUUGGAGAUCAAGCAUUUAAAUUCUAUAAUGCCUAAAUUACUAUUGAAAAUUCUGUAGAUUUUUCGCCUAUAGCUGAUGCUUUAAUCGAAGUCUAUGAAGGUAAAUUCCUAUCUUAAUCUUGUCAAAUCAUCAGGCAAUUAGAAAACAACCUGCAUGAACUAAAAACUAAUGAGCAAGGGACUGCAGUAAUCAAUAACUUAAGUUAAGGAUACUCUUAUACUGUGUUAAUCUAUAAAUCAGGGUACAAAAAGUCGUGUUCUGUCCUUGAUCUAUAAAGAAGAGUGCCUAAAACUAACUAUAUUUUCAGAUUAACAAAGAGUAUACCUAAACAUUCAGUUCGGAUAUUGUUAGAAUGGACAUCAAAGACUCUCAAUUUGGAUUUAUACAGUGUGUUUAAAGUGGGAGAACACUCUUGUAUAACUGGUGCUCUCUCUAAGUCAUGCGGUGGAAUGCAAUAGACAACUUUUUCAAAAAAUGAUUAAAAUAUAGAAGUGAUCGACAUCUAUCAAUUGGAACCAUAAGUCUACACUAUAUUUGUGAAAAGAUUCCUGACUAGGAGUUAAGCUUUAGAUCUCUUAAAGAAUCCUUUAGUCGGCUAAGAAUGGAUUGACGCAGAUCCUCAUAUCACUGUGUACUUGAGUGAAUUAAACUACCCUCUGAUUGAAUUUAGAUUACCUUAAAAUAUCAAUCUAUAAAUGGAUAAAUUAGAUUUGACUUGGAUGGUCUUUAAAAUUGAUGGACAAUAAUCAGAUGGUCCGUAAUCUAUACAAAAGAUGGAAUCUCUAAUUACGAAUGAGGAUAUCAGAUCAAACACUGCAUCCAAUAAACCUUUCUGGCCAGAAAUUUGA